UGUCGCGUCGGCGUAGCGUCGAGCAAUAGAAAGCAGCACAAAGCCACAGUAACACCAAAAACAGCGACGCUUGGCGAAAGAGAAAAACAAAGAGGAGAUCAGAAGCAGACUCCAUCUUACAAGGCGAAGAAACGAAUUACUGUUUAUUAACAGCGACGCUUGGCGAAAGAGAAAAACAAAGAGAAGAUAAGAAGCAGAUUCCAUUUUACAAGGCGAAGAAAGAAAUAAACAGAGGAACACGAGAUGACCACUUUCAAUAUCCCCCAAGAUAUGAGCAACAAGGAGAAUCCGGUUAACUUGAUUACGGCCGGAGUCAAAAACGCCAAGCAACCGCCGGCCGUAAUAGGCAAAUCGGGGAAGAAUGCGCUUGCGCCGCGGGCAGACUUCUCCGUACUCAAUGACAACAACAACAACACCAACUAUGUGCCGCGUCCAUCCCGGAAAGAGCAACUCUUCAGUGACGUACAUAACCACUAUUACGAUGAAAAUGUGGUACCGGUGGUGGAGCAGUUUAAGACCUUUUCCGUAUACGAGGAUAACUGCGACACCCAGGUUGUACCAUCUGGGAAAUCGAAGGCAUCUGUAGCCGAUAAGGCUGCCAUUAGAUUUGAUGCGGUGGAAAAUGUGGUGGUGGCCUACGACCUGAAUUCCACGCCCAUGUCCGUAACGGAUGUCCUAUCACCUAUGUCCAUAGACCGUUCCAUUCUCGGUGUCAUUCAGUCGAAUAAUAGUAGUGACCAGAACACGGGUGCCACGCCAGGUGGGCAAGUAAAGGAGUCGCCGCCGCGGAAUGAACGCCAGCGGUUCUUCGAAGUGGUCCAGUACCAGAUGGAUAUACUGGAAAACUUCAGGCUGACCGAGAAGAAACAUCGCCCGAAGCCAAUGUAUAUGCGUAGGCAGAUGGACAUCAAUCACAAUAUGCGGUCCAUCCUGAUUGACUGGCUCGUAGAGGUUUCUGUGACGUAUAACCUGGACACGGAGACGCUGUACCUUUCCGUCUUUUAUUUGGAUCGUUUCUUGAGUCUGAUGGCGGUGGUGCGCUCCAAGUUGAAGUUGGUGGGCAUAGCAGCCAUGUGUAUUGCCGCUAAGUACGAGGAGAACUAUCCCCCGAAGGUGGAUGAGUUGGUCUUCCUUACUGACGGCAGCUACACCAAGGCGCAGGUGCUGCGUAUGGAGCAGGUCAUCCUGAAGAAUCUCUGCUUCGAUCUGUCCACGCCGACUGCCUAUGUCUUUAUCAACACGUUCGCAGCGCUGUGCGACAUGCCCGAGAGGCUUAAGUUUUUGGCCCUGUACAUAUCUGAACUGUCGCUAAUGGAGGGAGAAACCUACUUGCAAUACUUGCCCUCACUGAUGUCGUCUGCUUCGCUGGCAUUGGCGCGUCAUGUUCUAGGCAUGGAGAUGUGGACGGCACAACUGGAGGAGAUCACCACCUACCAGCUGGAGGACCUGAAAACCGUUGUCUUGCAGCUGUGUCACACCCACAAAACGGCCAAGGAGCUUAACACUCAGGCCAUGCGGAAAAAGUACCAUGGGGACAAGUACAAGAAGGUUGCUAUGAUCGAAUCUAUUGAGAUGACCCAGGACGACUUUGAUCAGCUCUGCCAAGCUUACGACACCAAGCAAAACGAGAAACACCAGCAGCUGGUCAAGAAUUCUAAAUCUAACGCCAUGGAAUUUUAGUUUGUCCUAUUUCGCAGUUUUCGUUUUAAAUGUACGUAAAGGAGGAGUAGCAGUUCGGUGACACCUCACAAAUUGUAUCAUAGCUCGGCAUUGGUUGGUUGGUCGUUUUGGCAAGCUCCCGUAGAACGCACUGGACAUAUGUAUGCCAUAUGAAAGGUUGAAGGCCAACUAACUACGUUAACUUUUCACACCAGCAUUCACCGGCAGUCUCAGAAAACUAACCGCAGUACAAGGAGCUAAACGAA